GUCAGGUGCGGGGGGGAGUGGGCGGAGCUUCAGCGCUCGCCGUCUCGUGUGUGCGGACUGCCAGCUUCUGUGACAACAAAUGGUCGCGGCAAGCGAAGAGUGUCGUCCGGCUGAGAGCGCUUCUCCUUCUCCUUCUUCAACGUCCACACCCUCCGAACAUUGCCGGCAGCAGAAUGGAAGAACCCUGCUGACAGCAUCACGGAGAGACCCACGCUGAGACCGAGCAUGGCCGUGGACGCGGCGUCCAGCUUCAGCUUUUGCCGCGCCUCCCUGGAGCACACGCUGUCGGCUGAGGAGCUGAGCUACCAGCUGCCACGUCGCUCCGGAGGCAGCAACCUAACCUGGCAUGAUGGCCGCGGUCAAAAGACAGCACACACACGCACUGUCAAACUGCUGCAGCAGCCUGGCACAGAGGGCAUCCAGCUCCAUCCAGGUGAAGCCUUCACUGUGUAUCACACAAGCCCGACGUUGUCCAGUCUGUCCAAACCUGUGGUGCUGUGGACUCAGCAGGACGUCUGCAAGUGGCUCAAGAAACACUGUCCUCACAAUUACCUGACCUAUGUUGAAGCCUUCUCCCAUCACGCCAUCACAGGACGAGCCUUGCUGCGUUUGAACGGGGAGAAGCUCCAGAGGAUGGGAAUUGUCCAAGACACGCUGAGACAGGAAGUCCUCCAACAAGUCCUCCAGCUUCAGGUUCGAGAAGAGGUCCGCAACCUUCAGCUCCUCAGUCGGACCUCCUUUGGAAAUUUCUCUUAGCUCAUCGUGUGGUCCAUUUGGCAGCCCUUGCCCUCAGCCCCUAACACAAAAACUCCAGGAGCCACGGAGAUGCUGCCUUCACAUUUGCGAUGGAGAAUCAAGACGAGGAAAAGCCUGUUGACAACAUGCCAACUAAUCUCCGGGAUUCUCAUUCAACACUGGUUCACCAGACCUCCGGAUAAGACACAAAGCCUCGUUCAAGGCCGGGAUAGCAACUUUAGCGUAGCGAUAACGAGGUGAUCAUCUACGUCUGAAACUGGUUUAGGUCUUAAUAGCAAUUCCAUCCUUGUAUAGGCUGUCUCAUUUGAAUAUGGGCUGUAUUGGGUACACCAGUUCAAAAUGAGAUCCAAUACAAGAGUUGGAUCAAAACUUCUGCUUUUACAGCUAAUAAUUUGAGGGUGUCAAUUAGAACUGAGCAUUAUUUUGAAGCGCAAAUGUCUACUUAAUCGUCAUGGCGGUGUGGUGAAGGUUGUAGUUGGUGAGUAUUUUUUUUUUAAUUAAUUUUAACUUUUGUGUAUAUAUACCAAUCCAUCACUCGUGCGUAUUUUCCUCUCAGGAUUUGAGAUCGCUGGUGGAUGACUAAUAGCAGAUACUAUCAUCAGACGUUUUAUAUUGUGAUUGAAUUAGGGUAGAUUAACUGUGCAGCCAGACAGCAUAUACAGUACAUUUGAGAAUUGUAAAAUAACAUGCAAUGUACUGGUAAGCAAGUGUCUUCUCACAGAAGCUUGGCGGGGUUUUUUUUGUUCCCCCCACCCAUGGGGCAAAUCCCCAAGGACAUCCAAGUGUAAUGUGAUGAUCUCGCUGUCUACGCUUGAUCAAGCAAUAAUUUAAAUGUAAUUACACCAUGAGGACGAGCUGUUAGAGCUAAGUAAGACAUAUUGAAAGGCGUUAUUUUGUAGUCUGUGUGCUGAGGAGAAUGCCGAUUAUGCUUUGCCCAUUAUAGAGGCAGCAUUUUACUGCCUUGCACUGUUGUUCAGGAGCAUUAGUGGAAGUCAUCACCCUAACAAACAAUACGACAAAGCCCAAAUGUAUUUUAACACAUCGCUAUCCCCAUGUGACACUGUGAUUUCAAAAGCUACAAAAUCGUGUAAUACUGUGACAGCUACAGAUCCCCAAGUUGAUUCGAGUGAGCGCAUUUGACGUCAGUGUUAGGCGCAGAUAUCUCUGUAAGCUGAUGAGGAUGCUACAUUUGCAUACAUCAAGAGACAAACUUCCAACAAAUAACACUGCAGACAACUUCCCUCCAUCUGGCGCUUCAGAGCCAGAUGCACCAAACUGCAAGAGACUGACUGUUAAAAGGGUGAUUACCUACUGUGGGUUCGCUGAAGUACCUGAUCAUUGGUGUGUGUUUAGGUAUAGAAAAGAUGUAAGCAAAAUAAAAGAUUACUUUUUUUAAUAAACUGUAAUAAACUACUCAAGUCAAAAAAACUCUCUCUGUCUCUCU